GUGACCGGCAGGCGGCUCCGCAGCGCAGCGGGCGCGCUCACAGAGGGCGCAGCCGACGGUCGGUGGAUCGCGGUGCAGAGACUGAGGUGGGAAGGCAGGUGGCGAGAUGAGCCGGGUACCAGCGUUCCUGAGCGCGGCCGAGGUGGAGGAACACCUCCGCAGCUCCAGCCUCCUCAUCCCGCCUCUAGAGACGGCCCUGGCCAACUUCUCCAGCGGCCCCGAAGGAGGGGUCAUGCAGCCCGUGCGCACAGUGGUGCCGGUGACCAAGCACAGGGGCUACCUGGGGGUCAUGCCCGCCUACAGUGCUGCAGAGGAUGCCCUGACCACCAAGUUGGUCACCUUCUAUGAGGACCGCAGCAUCACCUCCAUCGUCCCCUCCCACCAGGCUACUGUGCUACUCUUUGAACCCAGCAAUGGCACCCUGCUGGCGGUCAUGGAUGGAAGUGUCAUAACUGCAAAGAGAACAGCUGCAGUCUCUGCCAUUGCCACCAAGUUUCUGAAACCACCCAGCAGUGAAGUGCUGUGCAUCCUUGGGGCUGGGGUCCAAGCCUACAGCCAUUAUGAGAUCUUCACAGAGCAGUUCUCCUUUAAGGAAGUGAGGAUAUGGAACCGCACCAAAGAAAAUGCAGAGAAGUUUGCAGACACAGUGCAAGGAGAGGUACAGGUCUGUUCCUCGGUCCAGGAAGCUGUGACAGGUGCAGAUGUGAUCAUCACAGUCACCUUGGCAACAGAGCCCAUUUUGUUUGGUGAAUGGGUGAAGCCAGGAGCUCACAUCAAUGCUGUUGGAGCCAGCAGACCCGACUGGAGAGAACUGGAUGAUGAGCUCAUGAAGGAAGCUGUGCUGUACGUGGAUUCCCAGGAGGCGGCCCUGAAGGAGUCCGGAGAUGUCCUGUUGUCAGGGGCUGAGAUCUUUGCUGAGCUGGGAGAAGUGAUUAAGGGAGUGAAGCCAGCCCACUGUGAGAAGACCACAGUGUUCAAGUCUUUGGGCAUGGCAGUAGAAGACACAGUCGCAGCCAAACUAAUCUAUGAUUCCUGGUCAUCUGGUAAAUAAAACAAAGGAGCUUAGUGUUGAGAUGGGUGCUCGAGGGAUGUUGCUGCUGGUUCUCAUAAUUUCUUGAGUAAAUGAGGGAGUCCAACCCCAGAGAACUCCCGUUUUGUGCUUAUUGUAUUUUACCUUAUGUGCUCAUUUAUGUUUGUAGUUGGAAGAUCCUCAUUUAUGUUUGUAUUUGGAAAGCAAACUAGAUAACCAUUUCUUCUGUUAUACCAAGUUAUAAUAGUGUUCAUUUCCCUUUAUGUUUCCCUGAAAUAAAGCACUUUCCAAUU